AUGGUGUCUGGAAAGGUGAGCUCUGAAAGUGGUAACUCCUCAAUCCAGUGUCACACCAUUAUUCCUUGUGUUUUGGUGUUCAGUCAGACUAACGGAGCAGAAAUGGAGUUGAAAGUCAGACCAGGAGACAACAUCACUCUCUACUCCAGGUCCAAGAGCAUGGUGAUGGGAGAGGCAUCACGUGGCUCACCGAGUCUCCAAGAGGGAGUGCUAAAAGCCGGCUGGCUGAAGAAGCAGAGGAGCAUCAUGAAGAACUGGCAGCUGCGCUGGUUUGUGUUGCGUGCUGACCACCUCUACUUCUACAAGGAUGAAGAGGAGACCAAACCACAGAUGAGAUCUGACAUCUACAUUGAGACCCUCACCAGUGUCAGUUAUUCACAAUCACUCACUAAGAUGGAGAGGUCAAGAGUUGCUCUCAUUGUGCUUAUGUUUUUACUGUUCCAUCAGAAAAGAAUCAAUGGAGAAGAAGUGGAGAUGAAAGUCAGACCAGGAGACAACAUCACUCUCUACUGUGAUCGCUCUUUGACUUACGGUUCCCUCAUUGUAUGGAUACGAAACUGCUCUCAUGAAAAUCAACCCUCUCUCAUAAUAGAUUUUACGAGAUGGGGCCUGGAGAUAUUUCAGCGUUUCAGCUCUAUAUACAACCGCUACAGUAAUUCUUAUGAUCUACAUAUUACUAAUAUUAGUGUCUCUGAUCUGGGACAGUACUACUGUGCAGAAAAAGAGAAUAAGGUAAAUAAAGAUGAAAAAGGCAUCAUCUCCUCAUCAGAAGUGUACUAUUAUGGAAACCGAACAACUCGUCUCUCUCUGGAAUUGACUUCCUGUUCUGAGCCCUCUGCACCUCCUGACUGUGUGCUCUGCUGGAUGCUGCUGUUCAGUGUGUGUCCGGUGUGUGUUCUCCUCUUCUCCAUCUGUUUGUUCUGCCUCUGUUGUAAGAAAACUACAGACGUGAUCACCAAGAGACAGAAACAACACAAGACAAAGCGAGUGCAGAGUUCUGACUUCAGUACUUAUGCUCAGCUUGUCAAACUGGGCUAUCAAGACCAGGUCAUUAGACUUGUGGUGUCUGGUCCACAGCAGCCCUCUCAGCAUCUGGUCAUCUGUUGUCUUCAGCCAGCAGCCGCCCUGCUCACUCUUUGA